AUGACACAAGAGGUUUUGGCAAGAAAUAACUAUGUUAGUGCGUUACAGAAAAGAUCCGAAGAGGCUUUCCUCAACCACAAUCGUUUAUUUGCUGAAAAAGAGAAGCAAUUGCAGUCAUUGAGAACAAGGCUGGACCAACUAAAAUUUGAACUUGAGAACAAAGAGAAAGAGGUUAAUGUUGCAGAAGCCAAUAAUGAUGUUCUAAGGAACCUAUAUGGAGAGUUACUUGAGGAAAACCAAAGUUUGAAGAGCUAG